UGUUGGGUGUCGCACGUGGGAACCGAUGCUGCUCUGUUUUGCGCUGUUCUAAUCCGGACUGCACACCCACACGUGGUGCCCUGAGGCCUGAGAGGCUGUGACCAGCCGAGUGGGCACUGGACAGGAGCAAAGCGUGAAGAAAAAGAAGAGAGGGCGGAUUCACGGUCCAGGCAACUUUAAACCCAGUGUGAUGGCUGCGCCUGUCAACAACGUUCACGGGAAUGCUGACCUCUGGGCCUCACAUCAUAAGAUGCUGGCAGAGCCCUUGAGAGAGAACGACAUUGAGGUUUUCAACAUCAUCAAGAAGGAGAGCAAUCGGCAGAAGGUCGGAUUGGAGCUGAUUGCCUCAGAGAACUUUGCCAGCCGAGCCGUUUUGGAAGCCCUGGGGUCAUGCCUAAAUAACAAGUACUCUGAGGGCUACCCAGGCCAGAGGUACUAUGGCGGAACAGAGUUCGUUGAUGAGCUGGAGAUCCUCUGCCAGAAGCGGGCAUUGCAGGCCUAUAAACUGGACCCCCAGUGCUGGGGGGUCAAUGUCCAGCCCUACUCAGGCUCCCCGGCCAACUUUGCGGUGUACACUGCCCUGGUGGAGCCCCAUGGGCGCAUCAUGGGCCUGGACUUGCCCGACGGAGGCCAUCUGACGCAUGGGUUCAUGACGGAGAAGAAGAAGAUCUCAGCCACGUCCAUCUUCUUUGAGUCCAUGCCUUAUAAGGUGCACCCGGACACCGGCUACAUCAACUACGACCAGCUGGAAGAGAACGCCCGCCUUUUCCACCCGAAGCUGAUAAUCGCAGGCGUCAGCUGCUACUCCCGGAACCUGGACUACGCCCGCCUGAGAAAGAUUGCCGACGAAAACGGGGCAUACCUCAUGGCGGACAUGGCGCACAUCAGUGGGCUGGUGGCCGCUGGCGUGGUGCCCUCCCCCUUUGAGCACUGCCACGUGGUGUCCACCACCACCCACAAGACCCUGAGAGGCUGCCGGGCUGGGAUGAUCUUCUACAGGAAAGGAGUGCGCAGCGUGGACCCCAAGACUGGCAAGGAGAUUCUGUACAACCUGGAGUCACUCAUCAACGCUGCCGUCUUCCCGGGCCUUCAGGGCGGUCCCCACAACCACGCCAUUGCUGGGGUUGCUGUGGCCCUCAAGCAAGCCAUGACUCCGGAGUUCCGAGCUUAUCAGCACCAGGUGGUGGCCAACUGCAAGGCCCUGUCCCAGGCCCUGACAGAGCUGGGUUACAGCAUCGUAACAGGGGGCUCUGACAACCAUUUGAUUCUUGUGGAUCUCCGGUCCAAAGGCACUGAUGGCGGAAGGGCUGAGAAGGUGCUGGAAGCCUGUUCUAUUGCCUGCAACAAGAACACCUGUCCAGGGGACAAAAGCGCCCUCCGGCCCAGUGGACUGAGACUGGGCACCCCGGCACUGACGUCCCGAGGACUCCUGGAAGAAGAAUUCCGGCAAGUCGCCCACUUUAUCCACAGAGGGAUAGAGCUGACGCUGCAGAUUCAGAAAGAGAUGGGCACCAAGGCCACCCUGAAGGAAUUCCGGGAGAAGCUGGCGGGUGACGAGAAGCACCAGCGUGCCGUCAGUGCCCUCCGGAAGGAUGUGGAGAGCUUUGCUGCCCUCUUCCCUCUGCCUGGCCUGCCUGACUCCUAAAGGGGCUGCCUGCUCCUUGUCUCCCUCCCCUAGUGCAGCACAGAGCCGGGAGGGUGGGCACCACCAAGGAGCCAAAGAGCUGCCCCGGUAGGGACCCUAGUCGCUAGUCUGUAUCCUCGGAGUGGGCUCGCUUCUGAGCCCUCUUCAGGUAUCUUCUUCACAAAUCAUGGUGGGUGUAACGACUAUUCUGGGACACUGAUUCUGGGGCAGGUUGUUAAAGGGCUUAAGUUUAAACCGCGAUGAGAAAAAAAAAAUUUAAACCGCAAUGUCACACAGCUAUUCCCCCCGACUCUUAGAACACAGGAAAUACUGUGAAGCCAGUUGGCCUUCAUGCCCUUGGACUUGGAUGGACAUAGGUGUCAGGCAAAACUUUUAGACUCGGCAUUCUGAUGGUUACUGGGCCUUCCCUGGACUUGCUGUGGCAGAUCACACUUGCCAAGGUGGCAAGCUGGCCAGAGCUGCCCAUUCUCACUAUUCUGGUCCCCUGACAGGGUUACCCAAGGAAAGCAGGAUCCGGAUCCCUCUAAGGAAAGAUGGGAGGUCUGCAGCUGCUCCUCUGUGCUGUGUUCACUGAACCAGAGCCCCAAGUUAGACGAGCCAUGCAAGGUGCCACCCCAAAGGUGGUGCGACAACAGCCGGUGAUCUUAGCCCUCCACAUCCACCAAGGCCUGGGGGCAGAGUGGCCAAGUGCCCCAGGAGCAUCCUCCCCCAACCCCCGCAGGCAUCUCAGCAGCAGGGAGAGCCUUCUGUGGUCAGUCAGGAGACUAAACAUCGCCUCCUCGCCUUCCCACAGAAACGUGAUUUCUCACAAAGCUGAGGUCAAAACAUGGGUGGCCAUAAGUUUUUAAUCACUGAACAUCUACAGGAAUGAUAGCUUUGAAAAAUACAACCAGUUUUUUGUAUUUCAAAAAUAGCUGAACUCAAAUAAAUUAAAUUUUUCAAAAAGUA